AUGCGAUGGUGUCCCCACGGGAUCAAAUUUCAGCGUCACAGCUGGGGACUGGCUUCGCGGUCCCUGAGGGGAGAGCAUGAGCAGGUGGACCCUGACUACUCUGUGCCCUGCUACUGCUCAUCUCCCUUGCCCUCCAAUGGGUGUUUGCCUGCUAACGGGAAGUGUGACAAGUAUUGGGGCUCUUCCUCAGACAAGACCUUGAAUUAUACAAUUCACUGGUCCAGGACCCCAGAGCCAGAGAUCGUGGGGCCAGCUUCUUCUGAGAACACAGUGCCGAGUAUAGACUGGACGCUAGAGAGGGACUUGGAGCCUCAGGCGUAUGGGUCUCCCAUCUUCCAGAACCCAGACUCGCGGGAGCAGUGUAAUGAUCAGGACCUUCUGAAGAGGCAUCACAACACCACUAAGAAGCCCUUGGAGACCAACUCUUCCAAAGUCAAAGUUAAGUCCACCAUGAUGAUUCCUGACUACCAGAAGCUCCUGCGCUGCGAACUGGAGUCACUCAAGUCCCAGCUACAGGCCCAGACCAAGGCUUUUGAGUUCCUGAACCACUCAGUGACCAUGCUGGAGAAGGAGAGCUGCCUGCAGCAAAUCAAGAUCCAACAGCUUGAAGAGGUUCUGAGUCCUAUAAGCCGCCAGACAGAGAAGGAGGGACACAAGUGGGGUGUGGAGCAGGGACGCCAGGAGCUGUAUGGGGCCCUGGCUCAAGGCCUGCAGGGGCUACAGAAGACCCUGCGUGACAGCGAGGAGGUGCAGAGGACCCGCACCACUCACUGCCUGCAGCUGCUGGCCCAGGAAAUCCGGGACAGGCUGCACUGUCCCCUCAGCAAGAAGUUCCUGUGGGAGGAGCUGGAGCUGGUGCGGGAGGAGGUGACCUUCAUCUAUCAGAAGCUCCAGGCUCAGGAGGACGAGAUCACAGAGAACCUGGUGAACAUCCAGAAGAUGCAAAAGACACAGGUGAAGUGCCGCAAGGUCCUGACCAAGAUGAAGCAGCAGGGGUAUGAGUCAUCCAAAUGGCCGGAGACCGAGGAGGUGCCAUCAGGAGGCAGUGGCUCCUGGAGGGAUGACCUCCAAAAGGAGCUGAGCGACAUAUGGUCCGCUGUGCACAUGCUGCAGAACUCCUUUGAUGGCCUCAUGUCCUCUGGGGGCUGCCCCAGGGCCUCGAACCUCAAGGGCUACAGGGGGCACCAAGGCCUGAGCCCUCUGUUCCCCUCGUGGGACUCAGACUCAGACUCAGACCAGGACCAUUCCCAGCCACUCUUCAUCAAAAGCCACUCCUUCCCAUCUGCCUGAGCAGCCGGGACUGCUCUCCCUGAAGACCCCUCCAGAGAGAAAAUAAACUAGCCAAGACCCUCUUCCACCUGUGGACUGUUGCUCCUGCUGCUUCCUGUGCCU